UACAUAAUACAUUUUAUUCAAACUUGUCAAGAAUAUUUCAGAAACUGGUACAAUUGACAGAAUUGUCUUUUAAAACUAAAUGUUAAUGAAUUACAAGAUAAAAUAGAAUAAAUAGUUUAUGGUAAAAUGAUUAAUUGAUCAAUUUGAUUUCCCAUUCCUCUUAUCACUGAAGUGAAUGACGCAAACAUGAUAAUCAUUUGUUAUCUUAUAUCAUUAAACUCCGACUGUCACUUUAUCGAGAAUCUUUCGUAAUGGGCACAUGUAUCACGUGAUAAAUUGAUGGCAAUUUAAUGGGAUAGUUAUGAUAUAACUUACGACAUACGAUAGGCUCGAUGGGAGUUACUCUAUAAAUUGUGCUCAUUUGAAUCGCUUAAUAAAUCGACAUUUCGCGACAGACAUCUGUUAUAAAAGAUGGCAAGUAACGAACAAGGCAAAAUGAUGAACAUUUGGAAAAAUGCAGAUGCUGUGACAUUCGACGUGGAUUCCACAGUGAUACAAGAAGAAGGCAUCGAUGAGCUUGCAAAAUUUUGUGGCAAAGGGGAAGAAAUUGCCGAGUUGACUAAAUGUGCCAUGGAAGGUGAUAUGACAUUUCAGAAAUCCUUAUCGACAAGAUUGCAGAUAAUAAAUCCAAGUUUAGCCCAAAUAAAGGAGUUCUUGAACACGCACCAACCAAAACUGACCGAUGGUAUCGAAGAGUUGGUGUCAGCUUUACGAGCUCAUGGAAAGCAGGUGUUUCUCGUCUCCGGUGGUUUCGACUCUCUCAUCAUGCCAGUUGCUGCGAAACUUAACAUUCCACCCGAACAUCUUUAUGCUAACAAAUUAAUGUUUUACUUUACAGGAGAAUAUGCUGGAUUUGACAAGGAUCAGCCGACCUCUAAAAGUGGUGGUAAAGCCGAAGUAAUACAACGUCUCAAAAAAGAAAAAGGAUUUGAGACAAUUGUACAUAUCGGCGAUGGCGCGACAGAUUUGGAAGCAUCGCCACCAGCAGACGCAUUUAUAGGAUUCGGCGGGAAUGUAAUUAGAGAAAACGUCAAGUCACGCACGCAAUGGUAUAUAACAAAUUUUAAUGACCUCACAAAAUGUUUAUAAUCAUAAAACAAUAUAUAUGAGUAAAAAGAGUGACAUAUUACGAUAUUUUGUAAAAUGUAUGAUACUAAACUCUUUUGUACAAAAAUGUACCGCGUUUCGCCUUGAUCGAUCGAGUCAGAUUUAUGAAUAACGUUUUCUUUUAUUCUACACACAAGUACAAUGUAUGGAUUGUGUGUUUAAUGUAGCAAUUUAUAAGAUCAUGUGCGAUCUACAUGUACAUUACAUUGUAUCAUAUCGAUAAUUGUUAUCACCGCAGUAAAUGUAUUCACUCAUAAUUCUGUACAUAAUUAUGUCGUAUAAUUCGUAUCAUUUGUAUACACAAUUGCUAUCUAUGGACAAGUCGAACAUUAAAUAAUAAAAAAGGCGAGAUGGUGAACCGUUUUAUACGUAUCCUUUCCUUACGUGCGUUUGAAAUAAUAAUUCAAAACUAAAUUCUCUCCCCGGCAAUACAGAAAUUGUCACGCCUUUUAUUACUUUUGAUAUAUUAUAUGAUCUGACUAUCUUGAAAAUUGCAUAUUCAAGUUUCGACAUUGUACCAGUGUAUUAUACUAAUAAUAUAACAAUUACGAAUCAA